UAAAGCCAAAGUUUAUGAUGAAUGGCACAGCAGCUGCGGGUGUUGUCCUUAUCAUGUGUGGCAGUGUGCAGCAGAUAUGUAGCAUGUGUUACGUAGGUAGGUUAUAGGUAACACGGAGGAGAAUAACAGCAAGCUCAUACCGACGUUUGUUCACGAGUCCCACAUCUGGAGUCCAGGUCAAGUCUGCAGUCUUUUGAGGAUGAGUCUCAGGUCAAGUCUAUGUCAAGUCACUGUGUGUGUGACUCAAGUCCAAGUCUCAAACUCGAGUCCCCAUCUCUGGGCAACACAUGUGAAUUACUGUGAGUUUGAUGUUUUCUAAUGUUCACUGUUGUAUCUUUAGGGGGAGAGAGGAGAGACGGGCUCUAAAGGACACCAGGGGGAGCCAGGCAGAGAUGGAGAUCCAGGGACUCCUGGUGUACCUCUCAACUCGCCACAACUCGACUCUACUCGACUUGGUUUUGGCCCGCUGUCCGUUUCCCAUUGCAGAUAGUACCCAGAAAUACUCCAGAGAUAGUACUCCCCCAGGUUGGCGCAAGCUUCCCCCACCACCACUUGCGGAGCUCCUUAAAGGGAUUAUUUGGCGAAGUGGGACCCAGGGGAAGGAAAGGAGAGGAGUGACAGGUGACGUAGGCUCCAGGGGGCCUGAAGGAAAGAAAGGGGACAUGGGCCACAUGGGUUCUGUUGGUCAAAGGGGAUUUCCUGGCCAGGACGGGUUGCCGGGCCAACCAGGCCAACCAGGAUAUCCGGGGAAACCUGGCAAGCCUCCCUCAGAUGAACAUCUUCUAAAGCUCUGUGAGGACGUUCUGCGCAAUCAACUUCCAGCACUGCUCCAGACCCUGAUCCCCCAGCUGGGUGUGAACCUUGCCAGAGCAUGAAGGGACCCCCGGGUGAGCCAGGACCACCAGGGCCCAAAGGCUCCAUGGGAACUCCAGGCUACCCUGGCAGGAAUGGUGCUCCCGGUUACCCAGGACCUCCUGGCCUGCAGGGUCCUGUAGGCCUUAAAGGUGAUAUAACCCAUAAUGUAGGGAUUGACAUGGUAAUAAUCAACACCUUAGGACAAGUUUAUAGUAUCUGUAUUUAAUACUCCCUUUUGAGGCAGAGGUGUCAGAUUCACUGUCUGCAAGUGUAACUGAAACUUGAAAACAAGACAAUGAAUAACAACAUCAAUUCAUGAACAGGAGCUAAGACAAAAUGUAUUGCUCUCAUCAACGAUUAAAAUCAAAACAGUGUCAGCGACUAACAAAUUGAAUGUGUUAAUGCUCAGUGUACCCCAUAAAACAAGAUCAUUAAACAAGUGAACAUCAGCACAGCUACAGACAUAAAAAUCUUAGUGAGCUGUCUCUGAUUUAUCAUCACUUGAAGAUAGCGAGUGGCUAAUCAGCCGUGAAAGAUGCCAAACUGUACCACUCCACUGCUGUGUAUCAUUUCCACUCACUGGGUCAGGCAAACAGCAACUUCUGAGGUAUCAGGCUUGGUUGAAAACCCUGAGGGAAGAGACAAUUUAUAAGUAAAAUUUACUUAUUUUUUUGCUAAUUAGCAAAUAUUAGCAUGCUAACAAGCUAAACUAAGAUGGUGAACACUGUGAACAUUAGAUAUCAAAUGCUAAAUAUCAAAAUAUUAGCUUU